ACCAAUGGCUGUGCAUCAGGCUUCCUAUCUCGUAUGAUUACCAAAGUCAUCAAGAGAAGUGCUGACAUUGCAUGUUACACCAAGUUCUCUCUGAGAUAAUUCAUAAAUACCUUAGGUACCUAAUACACUCACUCAUUCAAUAAACCUCCCUCUCCACACUUAACCUUCGCGUGGAAACCGCCCACAAUGCCCCCCACUGAGAACACCAAUACCCAACACGCGACUGGCCCAGUCGCUGGACGCUCCGACGAUGCCGCAACCCCAAAAGAAGCUCCCACCACAGCACCCCAACCAACCCCAUCAUCACAACCACAACAACAACAACCCGCACCCGCCAAAGAAUCAUACGACUCCUACAUCGCCAACCUGCCCCCACCCUUCUGGGCCACCAAGACAGCAUCCCCCCCACCACCGCCCACAAACACAGCUCGCGACGCGGCCACCGCCGCGAGAAUCGCCGCCGUCUGCGCGCCCGUGACGGCCGAGCACCGCGAGGAAGAUGCGCGGCGGGAGGCCAUGUCGUGGCGCGAGCGGUGGAAGGCGAGGCGCGAGGCCAGCAAGGAGAAGAAGAAGGAGGUGGAUCUGAGGCCUGUGGAGCGGGGGAGCAGGGCGCAGGUCAAUGUCUUUGGGAGUAAUGUGAGGGAGAAGAGGAAGUAGUUGGGACGCCACGCAUGUUGGUCGAUUGCAAAUGAGAAUUCAUCGACCGACCGCCCGACUGACCGACCGACCGCAUGAUUUCGCGCCUCCGCGGUGAUUCAUUCCUUGGG